AAAUCUCUUCUUCUUUCACUCCAGACACUGCCUGCUCGCCGAGGCCGCCGCGUCGCUCCCCGCCGCCUUCCAGAAGUACUGGGAGAGCGGAGAGAGCCGGGCGCCACGUCUGAGAGGCCGUCUUUACUGAAGGAGGGUCUGCAGCCCACCCUUGGCACUGCUUGGUGGGGACUGAGAUACCCAGCUUGGCCCGCCUCCUUGGCUGGAUGAUUUCUCCCUCCCUCACGUGAUUUGAGCCCCGUUUUUAUUUUCUCUAAGCCACGUCUUCUCCAACUGGGUACAAAAAGGCAAACGGAGCGAUGCGCCUCGCCUGGACCGCGUUCCUGUUCGGCCCGCUGCAGCUCUUCGCGCUCCUUCGCUGCCCCUCGCCGGCCGCCGGCCAGCAGCAGCCCCCGCGCGAGCCGCCGGCAGCCCCGGGCGCCUGGCGGCAGAGGAUCCAAUGGGAGAACAACGGGCAGGUGUUCAGCCUACUGAGCCUGGGCUCGCAGUACCAGCCGCAGCGGCGCAGGGACCCGGGCGCCGUCGGCCCGCAGCCGCGCACGCAUGUCCUGCUGCUCCGGAACAACCGCACAGCGGCGGCGCGGGCGCGGGCAAGCGGCUCGACGGGAACCACCGCUGACCGCCCCAGGCCCGCCGCCCGCCACUGGUUCCAAGCUGGCUACUCGUCGUCCGGACUCAGCGGCGCUGGCGGCUCGGGCGCCGGCAACCGGACUGCGCCAGGAGAGCGCCCGACGCUCAGUAACCUGCAGCCGCCCAGCCGGGUGGACGGCAUGGUGGGCGACGACCCAUACAAUCCCUACAAGUAUACCGACGACAACCCCUAUUACAACUACUACGACACGUACGAGAGGCCACGGGCUGGGGGCAGGUACCGGCCCGGAUACGGCACCGGCUACUUCCAAUACGGUCUGCCGGACCUGGUGCCUGACCCCUACUACAUCCAGGCGUCCACUUACGUUCAGAAGAUGGCCAUGUACAACCUGAGAUGCGCCGCCGAGGAAAACUGCCUGGCCAGUUCAGCAUAUAGGGCAGAUGUCAGAGAUUAUGAUCACAGGGUGCUGCUAAGAUUUCCCCAAAGAGUGAAAAACCAGGGGACAUCAGAUUUCUUACCAAGCCGACCAAGAUAUUCCUGGGAAUGGCAUAGCUGUCACCAACAUUAUCACAGCAUGGAUGAGUUCAGCCACUAUGACCUGCUUGAUGCCAGCACCCAGAGGAGAGUGGCUGAAGGCCACAAAGCAAGCUUCUGUCUAGAGGACACAUCCUGCGACUAUGGCUACCACAGGCGAUUUGCCUGUACUGCACACACACAGGGGUUGAGUCCUGGCUGUUACGAUACCUAUAAUGCAGACAUAGACUGCCAAUGGAUUGAUAUUACGGAUGUAAAACCAGGAAACUACAUUCUGAAGGUCAGUGUGAACCCCAGCUACCUGGUACCUGAGUCGGACUAUUCCAACAAUGUUGUGCGCUGUGAAGUUCGCUACACAGGGCAUCAUGCAUAUGCCUCAGGCUGCACAAUUUCACCGUAUUAGAAAGCAAGCCAAAACUCCCAGUGGAUGAAUCAGUGCCUGGUGUUCUGAAGUGGGAAAAAAUAAAUUAACUUCAGUAGGAUUUAUGUAUUUGGGAAAAGAGCAGAAAACAACAAAGGGCUUUUUGUUUGGACAGUUUUAUAACAAAGCAUAUAACUGGAUUCUGAACAUUUAAAUCGGCAUUAUUUGGGAAAUUUUUAAUACUUAUUAUUCAUAUAACUUUGUGAAUUAACAUAAUGUUUCAAUUCUGUAGUGGCAUACUUGGCUUUUUGAAAGAAAUUCCUAUCUCUUCUGCUUCUUUUCAAAUUAUAGUGCAAAAGAGAAAAUAUUUCAUUGAACAAGCCAAAAUUAUUUGA